UCACACAGAUGACUCGGCACCAACAGGGCCGGCGCCUCCCCUUGUUGCCCGUGCCGCCCGCUCGAUGUGGUUGGCGGUGAUCUCGACCUGGGUGAGGGGAGGGAGGGGCCGGUCGAGGAAGCAGGACGGGUCAGGGUCACUCUGGUUGGAGUACUUCGACUCGAGGACCUCCCGAAUGGUGCGGCCCGCAGGGUCGGCCUCAGCCAGAUCGUUGGAGUUCAGCGCGCCUCGCCCUCCCCACUCGGUCAGGAACCGGACGGCCUGCUUGACCUUGCCCUUGUCGAUCAGGCGACGGAAUUGACGCAGCGUGGCCUCGUUGGCGUCGUCCUUGCCAACAGGCCUGGUGGCCAGAAGGGCGUUGUUCCGCUCAGCCUCCUGCACGAGCUGCUCGAAGUCGCCCUUCUCCCAUUGGUCCAUCCGCCGCUCCACCGUCUUGGCGAUGUCCUUGCUGCCAGUGACAUCUGGCGCCCGAUAGAGAUUCGUGCACGCGCAGAUGAGGAUGCGCUUACUCGCCAGCUGCUCCUCACGCCACCGACGAGCCUCGGUGGCGAGCAGUCGGGCCAGCCGCUUCGUCGAAGCACCCGGUGGAUCCCAAAGGCACCCUCGCAACGGGCCGAGGCGGGCGUGCCAGCGCUGCCAGUCGGUGUUUAUGAGGCCGCUCUGCUGAUUGAAGUCGGUGGCUCCGAAGGCCUCGUGCAUCUUCUCUCGGACGAAUGAAGACGUCGGAGGGCCAGCAGGGGGAGCAAGGGGUAUGCCGGGAGGCGGGCGGUGGGGAGUCUCGACCGCAUUGCAGAGGCAAGCGUAGCAGAUGCCCUUGCUCGAGGACGCCGGGCGGAUGUGGCAGCUGGCAUACUGGGGAGCGACAUACGAUGCGGAUCCGCCUCGUAGCGAAGACUCAUCCGAGUGGAAGCAACGAGGAUGAAUGGAGGGGGAGUUCGAAUCCUCGGCGGUACAGUUAUUGUCCUCGGGCUCUCGAUUCUCGCAUAUGCCUAGGUCACAGGAAUGGCAGUUGGUGCACUUCUUGCCCUUCUCCAAGCAAGGGCAGCCCCGCUCUUUCCCCUUCCUCUUGCAUCUCGAUCCAGUGGUCUUGUUCCGGUUCUUGUUGCAUGAGCAACACCGCACAGGACCAGCGGCUGGCUGCAAGGGCGGGGCAUCGUCUCCCGGCACUGCAGAGACGCCCUCUUGAGACGGCGGGGGCGGAUGGGCUGAGUCUGUUGAGACUGGGGUCGAUUCUGCACUCAUUCUCCAGAGCUGCUCGAGCUGGAUAUGAUGCUGGCAGGUGUGGCCCGAGCAGCCGUCAUAGUAAGGAGAAAAAGGGCCUCAGGCCCUGCGAGCUCAGACAAGCAAUCAUUAUUAUGUAUGAGAUUGCAAUGAAUGAAAAGAUACUUCAAAAUUCAAAAAAGCAAAACGUAAAUGUGGAUUCACAGGUGUUUGUAUCGAGUGUAUAGAAAACAAAUGUAAAAACUCAACUUAAACUGUAGUCUUGCAUUUUUUCUUUGCCACCCCCGUCCCCCUUCUACAUGCCUGUCCACACCCUCGUCCUUUUAAACUUUAUCACAUUAGGACUUUCACAGGGGUUUCCACUUCUUUUCACGCUUUUUACCCUAUCCCUUUCAUAAUCUCCAUACGCUGGGAGUUUGACUUCGCUUUCGAACGCGAAAGCGAAGUCAAACUCCCAGCGUAUAGUCCUCCCUGUCCUCACCGGCCUUUUCGCACGAUGCCCCUACUAAUGUGAAGCCCAAACUGAAAAAAAGCAAAGAUUCUCAAAGUCGCCACCAAUCAUGCGCACGCCAACGCGAAUUGGAAUUCUGGACGAAUUUUCGU